AUGGUAACUGUAUCGUCAGCUCGGCCAUCAGCACCAAAUGUCUUUGGUCUGUCUGAAUGUGGUUCCGGUUCUGAUGGCUUCCUGACUGUCGGCUGCAUUGCAAAAGGUUUCUCGCCCGCGGACUCGCUCUCAUUUAAAUGGACAGAUCCUAAAGGACAACGGGUGAAUGAUUUUGUGCAGUAUCCAACUAUCGGACGCGAGGGAGAUUACACCAAAAUCAGCCAUCUGCGUGUGAAGAAAAGCGACUUUACUCCUGAUAAACCUUACAAAUGCGAAGCUGAAAAUUCUAUCGCCAAAAAGGAAGCAGUUGUUACUCCAAGACUUAUCAAAUGCAACCCAGAGGAUGUCCUCACUUUACAUCAUGGUAGCAUCAAAUGUUCUGGUCCCAAUGGAAAGUUUUCAUAUGAAUCUGUAUGUGUAUACUCAUGUGAGAUGGGUUAUGAACUGAAGGGGUCCAAUACGACAAAAUGCACUGCUGCCAAACAAUGGACCGGCACACCACCGACCUGUGAACUUCUUGAAUGUUCAGAGCUGACCACACCAAACAAUGGGACAAAGCACUGUAGUCCUAACCACGACUCCAAAAGCUACCAAUCCACAUGUGAGUUUGCUUGUGAUGUAGGAUACACGUUACGAAAUUCCAGCUCCUCUACACUGCUUUGUGAAGCCACAGGACACUGGAAUGAUUCACAACCCAGCUGUGAAAUUGUAAAAUGCAAUCCCGACGAUGUCCUCACUUUACAUCAUGGUAGCGUCCAAUGUUCUAAACCCAAUGGAAAGUAUUCAUAUGACUCUGUAUGUGUAUACUCAUGUGAGGAGGGUUAUGAACUGAAGGGGUCCAAUACGACAAAUUGCACUGCUACCACAGAAUGGAGCAGCAAACCACCAACCUGUGAACUUGUUCAAUGUUCAAAGCUGACCACACCAAACAAUGGGACAAAGCACUGUAGUCCUAACCACGACUCCAAAAGCUACCAAUCCACAUGUGAGUUUGCUUGUGAUGUAGGAUACACGUUACAAAAAUCCAGGUCCUCUACACUGCUUUGCGAAGCCACAGGACACUGGAAUGAUUCACAACCCAGCUGUGAAAUUAUAAAAUGCAAUUCCGAUGUCGUCACCACUUUACAUCAUGGUAGCGUCCAAUGUUCUCAUCCCAAUGGAAAUUUUUCAUAUGACUCUGUAUGUGUAUACUCAUGUGAGGAGAGUUUUGAACUGAAGGGGUCCAAUACGACAAAAUGCACUGCUACCACAGAAUGGACCAGCAAACCACCGACCUGUGAACUUAUUCAAUGUUCAGAGCUGAUAACACCAAACAAUGGGGCAAUGAAGUGUCACCACGAUUCCAAAGGCAACUUCAGCUAUCAAUCCACCUGUGAGUUUGCUUGUAAAGAAGGACACACGUUACAAACAUCCAGCUCCUCUACACUGCUUUGCGGAGCCACAGGACACUGGAAUGAUUCACAACCCAGCUGUGAAAUUGUAAAAUGCAAUCCCGAGGAUGUCCUCACUUUACAUCAUGGUAGUGUCCAAUGUUCUUAUCCCAAUGGAAAUUUUUCAUAUGAAUCUGUAUGUGAAUACUCAUGUGAGGAGGGUUAUGAACUGAAGGGGUCCAAUACGACAAAAUGCACUGCUACCACAGAAUGGACCAGCAAACCACCGACCUGUGAACUUGUUCAAUGUUCAGAGCUGAUCACACCAAACAAUGGGUCAAUGCAGUGUAGGCCUAACCACGACUCUAAAAGCAACUUUAGCUACCAGUCCACAUGUGAGUUUGCUUGUAAUGAAGGAUACACGUUACGAACAUCCAGCUCCUCUACACUGCUUUGCAACGCCACAGGACACUGGAAUGAUUCACAACCCAGCUGUGAAAUUGUAAAAUGCAAUCCCGAGGAUGUCCUCACUUUACAUCAUGGUAGCGUCCAAUGUUCUGAACCCAAUGGAAAUUUUUCAUAUGACUCUGUAUGUGAAUACUCGUGUCAGGAGGGUUAUGAACUGAAGGGGUCCAAUACGACAAAAUGCACUGCUACCACAAAAUGGACCAGCAAACCACCGACCUGUGAAUUUGUUCAAUGUUCAGAGCUGACCACACCAAACAAUGGGGUAAUGCAGUGUUACGAUUGCAAUGGCAAAUUUAGCUACAAAUCCACCUGUGAGUUUGCUUGUGAUAAAGGAUACACGUUACGAACAUCCAGCUCCUCUACAUUGUUUUGCCAAGCCACAGGACAAUGGAGUGAUUCACAACCCAGCUGUGAAAUUGUAAAAUGCAAUCCCGAGGAUGUCCUCACUUUACAUCAUGGUAGCGUCCAAUGUUCUGAACCCAAUGGAAAUUUUUCAUAUGACUCUGUAUGUGAAUACUCGUGUCAGGAGGGUUAUGAACUGAAGGGGUCCAAUACGACAAAAUGCACUGCUACCACAGAAUGGACCUGCCAACCACCAACCUGUGAACUUGUUCAAUGUUCAAAGCUGACCACACCAAACAAUGGGGCAAUGAAGUGUCACCACGAAUCCAAAAGCAACUUCAGCUACCAAUCCACCUGUGAGUUUGCUUGUAAAAAAGGAUACACGUUACGAACAUCCAGCUCCUCUACACUGCUUUGCGGAGCCACAGGACACUGGAAUGAUUCACAACCCAGCUGUGAAAUUGUAAAAUGCAAUCCCGAGGAUGUCCUCACUUUACAUCAUGGCAAGGUCCAAUGUUCUAAACCCAAUGGAAAGUUUUCAUAUGAAUCUGUAUGUGUAUACUCAUGUGAGGAGGGUUAUGAACUGAAGGGGUCCAAUACGACAAAAUGCACUGCUACCACAGAAUGGACCAGCAAACCACCGACCUGUGAACUUGUUCAAUGUUCAGAGCUGACCAAACCAAACAAUGGAGUAAUGCAGUGUUACAAUUUCAAAGGCAAAUUUAGCUACAAAUCCACCUGUGAGUUUGCUUGUGAAGAAGGAUACACGUUACGAACAUCCAACUCCUCUACACUGCUUUGCGGAGCCACAGGACACUGGAGUGAUUCACAACCCAGCUGUGAAAUUGUAAAAUGCAAUCCUGAGGAUGUCACCACUUUACAUCAUGGCAGUGUCCAAUGUUCUCAUCCCAAUGGAAAUUUUUCAUAUGACUCUGUAUGUGAAUACUCAUGUGAGGAGGGUUAUGAACUGAAGGGGUGCAGUUCGACAAAUUGCACUGCUAACACAAAAUGGACCAGCAAGCCACCGACCUGUGAACUUGUUCAAUGUCCAGAGCUGACCAAACCGAACAAUGGGGUAAUGCACUGUCACCAUGAUUCCAAAAGCAACUUCAGCUAUCAAUCCACCUGUGAGUUUGCUUGUAAAGAAGGAUACACGUUACAAACAUCCAGCUCCUCUACACUGCUUUGCGGAGCCACAGGACACUGGAAUGAUUCACAACCCAGCUGUGAAAUUGUAAAAUGCAAUCCCGAGGAUGUCCUCACUUUACAUCAUGGUAGCGUCCAAUGUUCUAAACCCAAUGGAAAGUUUUCAUAUGACUCUGUAUGUGAAUACUCAUGUGAGGAGGGUUAUGGACUGAAGGGGUCCAAUAUGAGAAAAUGCACUGCUACCACAGAAUGGACCAGCAAACCACCGACCUGUGAACUUGUUCAAUGUUCAGAGCUGCUCAAACCAAACAAUGGGGCAAUGAAGUGUUAUGAUUUCAAAGGCAAAUUUAGCUACAAAUCCACCUGUGAGUUUGCUUGUAAAGAAGGAUACACGUUACAAACAUCCAGCUCAUCUACGCUGCUUUGUGGAGCCACAGGAUUCUGGAAUGAUACACAACCCAGCUGUGAAAUUAUAAAAUGCAAACCGGGAGACAUCACGACACCAGAUCAUGGUAGUGUCCAAUGUUCUGAACCCAAUGGAAAGUUUUCAUAUGACUCUGUAUGUGAAUACUCAUGUGAGGAGGGUUAUGAGUUGAAGGGGUCCAAUACGAGACAAUGCACUUCUACCACAAAAUGGACCGGCAAACCACCGACCUGUGAACUUAUUCAAUGUUCAGAGCUGAAUACACCAAACAAUGGGACAAUGCACUGUCACCAUGAUUCCAAAAGCAACUUCAGCUAUCAAUCCACCUGUGAGUUUGCUUGUAAAAAAGGAUACACGUUACGAACAUCCAGCUCCUCUACACUGCUUUGCGGAGCCACAGGACACUGGAAUGAUUCACAACCCAGCUGUGAAAUUGUAAAAUGCAAUCCCGAGGAUGUCCUCACUUUACAUCAUGGUAGCGUCCAAUGUUCUAAACCCAAUGGAAUGUUUUCAUAUGAAUCUGUAUGUGAAUACUCAUGUGAGGAGGGUUAUGAACUGAAGGGGUCCAAAACUAGAAAAUGCACUGUUACCACAAAAUGGACCAGCAAACCACCGACCUGUGAACUUGUUCAAUGUUCAAAGCUGACCACACCAAACAAUGGGGUAAUGCAGUGUUACGAUUUCAAAAGCAAAUUUAGCUACAAAUCCACCUGUGAGUUUGCUUGUAAAGAAGGAUACACGUUACAAACAUCCAGGUCCUCUACGCUGCUUUGUGGAGCCACAGGAUUCUGGAAUGAUUCACAACCCAGCUGUGAAAUUAUAAAAUGCAAACCGGGGGACAUCAUCACUCCAGAUCAUGGUAGCGUCCAAUGUUCUGAACCCAAUGGAAAGUUUUCAUAUGACUCUGUAUGUGAAUACUCAUGUGAGGAGAGUUUUGAACUGAAGGGGUCCAGUACGACAAAUUGCACUGCUACCACAGAAUGGACCAGCAAACCACCGACCUGUGAACCCCCAGAGCCAGAUCAGCGUGCAUCUGUUUACUUAAAAACUCCUACAAAUGAAGAAUUAGACAGUGGAACAGCUACUUUCAUCUGUGUAGCCAAGCACUUUUUCCCAGAAAAGCACUCGUUUAAGUGGUUUCAUGAUGAUGUGGAGGUAAAAAGUGAAGGAAAAAGUGAUGAAUGUGUAGGUAAGAAGAAAACCAAUGUAACUCUAUUUACCGCCACAAGCAUUUUACAAAUAAAAUCUGACAUUUGGACCAAGAAGUCUGGAACUAAAAUGAAGUGCUUGUUCGAGCACAAGGCUGGAAAUGAAGUGAAAGAAAUGAGCAACACAGCAAUGCUCUCACUGACCCUGAAGUCACCAAUACAGAGAGACAUAUUCCUCUUCGGUGAUGUGAUCUUGCGAGCUGUUGUUUCUGGAAAUGAAAGCAAAGCAGUGGAAAAUGCAUCAGUGUCUUGCGAAGUGGAAAAUGAAGCUUUAACCUUAAAUAAAGCUGAAAUACAAUCACAAGACAAUUCACAGUUUCAGAUAAUCUACAAUGUCACUGUUAAUAGAGAUAUAUGGUUUGAUGGGAAAAUGGUCACCUGUACUAUCAAUGACAAAAACAUAACGCAGAAGAUCACUUUUAAUAAAGGAGAGAAACCCAGUGUUGUCAUUUAUGAACAACACAGUGACAAUACAAACCCUUCAAACCACUCUCUGGCAUGUGAGGUCAGCAGCCCUCAACUUGGUGAUGUUUAUAUUAUGUGGAGAGUAGGUAAUGAAGAAGAAUAUAAAGAGGGUUAUACCAGUGCUCCAAUCAAACAAAAGGACUCCACAUCUGUCAUCAGCUUAUUUGAAGUGUCUGAUAAACAAUACGAAGAAUCUACGAUCUCUUGCGCAGUCGUGCAUGCCAACAUGGACAAUACAAGAUCACCAUUAAUAAUAACAGCAAGCAAAAAUGACCCUCCAGAACCUGAGACAGGCUUUGCAUUACACUGUAAUGAAUCUGUUUCUGAGGAGGAUGAGUUCAGAAGUCUCUGGUCUACUGCCACCUCAUUCAUCUUCCUCUUCCUCUUUUCUCUGACCUACAGCGCUCUUAUCAGCCUGUCUAAGAUGCAGCAGUGAAAAUAAUUUAAAAAGUACCGUAAAUGAAGACUCAGAGGUUAUUUAUUUUUUAUGAUCAUUGUUAUUGUGAAUUUCAUUUUUUCUCUGAUUCUUGUUUUGUAUUUUUUUUGUCAUCAUUAAGCAAACUCAUUGAGAUUGUUUAAAUUACAUUAUUUGUGUUUUUGGAGAUAUGGAAAAUUAUGCAGUCAGUGUCACACUCUUCAGUACUUGUCAGUCUACAUGAAAAAAGUGAAGGUUUUGUCCUUGAAGCUUUGUUUGCUGUAAUAUAUAUGCAAAUUAUUUCAGAUCUUUCAGUUGUUCAGUGUAAGAACAGAAAAUGUGUACAAAUAAAAUAUUUCCUAGAAAAGCUGUAACAGAAAUGUACUUUCUUUAACCUCUAUUCUAUAUUUUGGUGUUUAAUCUCCAGGAAACAGGGUGACCAGUAAAGCAUAACAUUCGUUCUGCACAGAUGCACAUCACACAAAGCAUCUGCAAAUGGUUAACCCCUCCAGAAAACUGAGAUAUCUAAUAAAAAAUAUGUUAGUUAAAACAGGUGUCAGGGAUGAAUAACGGAAUAUACUUAAAAAUAAUGUUCCUGAAAAGGUUUUUGUCAGACAGUAUGUUUCAAUAAGGUGGCUUAAACAUCCACACAACCUUUCUGUAGCACACAAAGUUAAUAAAAAGGUACACUUAAAAAAAAAGAAUUAUUCACUCUUAAUAAUCUUUCUAAUAUAAUAGCAUAUCUGCAAAACUAUAUAGCUCAAGUAUGUGCAUAGACUGCAGUUAUUUCUGUACUGAAUCUUGAUGAAUUUAAUUUGACUAUAACGUCCCAAUGGAAUUAACUGAGGUGUUUCCAGUAGUCAGAAUUAGAUGUGAAAGUGCUCGGUCUCAGAAUUCAGGCCCUUUUUCUUCCUCUUUCUUCUCACACCUGCAGAAGUGAAACUGAUGGCAGUUCUUAAAAAGUUUGAAAUGUUUUCUCUGCGUUUAUUUAUUUUUUUUUUUUUUAUAAAGGCUAAU